AUGAUAGACGCGCAGCCGGAUCUGAGCGUCCACAAGCUGGCCAGCCUCGCCAAAGUCCAGCCGAAGCAGAUCCGCGACUGGAAGAGAUUGAAGGAGCGCCUCGAAAUUGCGGCAGGAUGUCGCCGUCGUCUCAGUGGUGCUGGACGAAAGCCCAAGUGGCCGAUGAUGGAGACUGCGGAUGUGUGCGAGGAGGAGCUGGACGAGAUCGUCCCCAACCCUUUCUACCCUGACCCUGCUGCCACUGCUGACAGGGACAGCGAUGCUGAGCUGGUGGCGGAAGCUGGAGAGGAGGAUGUCGAGGAGGAUGAGGAGGAGGAUGAGGAGGAUGAGGAGGAGGAGGAGGAGGAGGAGGAGGAGGAGGAGGAGGAGGAGGAGGAGGAGGAGGAGGAGGAGGAGGAGGAGGAGGAGGAGGAGGAGGAGGAGGAGGAGGAGGAGGAGGACAACUGUGGGGUCGCGGAGGAGGUGGGGGCUGGAGGGGGAUGGCAGGAUGAAGGCGAUGAAUGGUGGGCACAAGGGCGAUAUGAUGGGGAGGAGGCGGAGACCUGGGUUGCUGGGCAGGAUGAGGAUUAG